CUGCCUCUGCACAGCCCUGAAUGGACAGCAAGAGGCUGCAGCUGGAGUCCUGGGCCCCGAUGGAGCCCUGGCUGGGGCCUGAGGCUCCUGCCCUCCGCCUGUGCUGGCCGGCCCUGCUACUUUGGGUCUCAGCCCUGAGCUGUUCUGUCUCUUCGCCGGCUCCUCCUUCUCCUUCUCUGGUGCCCCGAGUCAGAACCAGCUACAGUUUUGGAAGAACUUUCCUCGGCCUUGAUAAAUGCAAUGCCUGCAUUGGAACAUCUAUUUGCAAGAAGUUUUUUAAAGAAGAAAUAAGGUUAGACAAUUGGCUGGCCUCCCACCUUGAACUGCCUCUGGACUACUUGCCUUCUUACCCUGCAAACUACUCAGAUGAUUCCAAAACCUGGCGCCCUGUGGAGAUAUCGAGGCUGGUCAGCAAACACCAGAAUGAAAUCUCAGACAGGAAAAUCUGUGCUUCUGCAGCAGCCCCAAAGACCUGCAGCAUUGAGCGUGUCUUGAGGAAAACAGGAAGGUUCCAGAAAUGGUUGCAGGCCAAACGCCUCACACCAGACCUGGUGCAGGGCUUGCCCAGCCCCCUCUUGCGAUGCCCAUCACAGCGACUCCUGGACCGAGUGGUUCGGCGCUAUGCUGAAGUGGCUGAUGCCGGCAGCAUCUUCAUGGACCACUUCACGGACCGCGACAAGCUGCGCCUGCUCUACACUUUAGCUGUCAACACGCAUCCCAUUCUCCUACAGAUCUUCCCUGGAGCCGAAGGAUGGCCAUUGCCCAAGUACCUGGGCUCCUGUGGCCGAUUCCUGGUCAGCACCAGCACCAGCCUGCUGCAGGAAUUCUAUGGUGCACCCCCAGAUCAGGCUGCUGACCUGGCCUACCAGCUCCUCAGGAUCCUGGAGUCUCUGAGAAACAACGAUUUGAACUACUUCCUCUACUUCACCCAUGUGGAUGCCACCAUGUUUGGCAUUUUUAACAACGGGCAUCUGUUCAUCCGGGAUGCCAGUGCCCUGGGUGUCAUCGACAAGCAGGAAGGCAGCCAAGCAGCCUCCAGGGCAGGAGAGAAUAAAGACAUCUUUAGCUGCCUGGUUACUGGCUGCCAGGCCGAGCUGCCCUCCUGUGACACCAUCCCUGAGAAGCAGAGCCUGGUGCUGGUGUGUCGGCAGGUGCUGCCUCAACUUCUCCAGGGGAAGUUCCCCUCUCCGGUGCAGGAGCAGAUAGAUGUCCUCCUGGCCAAGUGUGGGGAGGGCACCAGCCCAGACCCUGAAGUCCUUGGGGUUGCCAGCCAGCUGAAAGAUAUCUUGAGAUCCCUGAGAACCUGUGACCCCAGAUUUGCUUACCGCUACCCAGACUGCAAGUAUAACGAUAAGUUCUGAGGGGUUGGAACCUGGCUGGCCCCCAGGGACAACAUCCUUGGUUCUCCACUUCCCAGAUGGGUUGUUGCAAGUUUGAAAGAAACAGCUGUUUCAGACAUUACGAGAAAUGCACAUUUAUUUCCCAGGGACUAAUGAACAUUCCAAUGACCAGAGGGCAGUUGUGCAACACAGUGUCAUUGCACUUGCUGGCUGGAACAUCACAAAAGAGCCAGGAAUGGGCAACAGAUGAUCCAGGUGUGGGCACCCAUUCAACCUCUGAGCCUCUGUUUCCUCUGUUCUCCACCAGACUCUCGAGUUAAUGAAAGAAGACAGAGAUGUGAAGAGCCAGGGUAAUAUGCUUCCUACUGGCUAUAAAGUGUGUUUAGAAGUAUACACAGGCAUGGUGAACGAGACAGAAUAGUGGAGGUUAGGAGGAUGGCAAGAAGAGUGAGAUCUCUGGCCAGUAGCAUGUUAGGCUAGACUCAGACAAAAGGGCCCUCUUCCUGCUCCCUGUGCUCCUGAGCUAGUCCUCCAGUCACACUCCCCACACCACCUCAGGGUAAGAAAACUGCAGGCCAAGGGUGCACAUGGAUAAGACCAUGCCCUGGGCACCUGGGGUCCCAUACAGGUUCGAGUGAAGCACCACAUGGUGUGGAAAGGAGCCAAAGGUAAGAAGGGAGGAAUGGGCUGGAGGCUAAUGUGUUCAACCAGAUCCUCUGAGAAGCAAGUGUCAAGACAAGAUAAAACAAUGAAGGAUCAUAUUAAGAAAGAUGCCUGUGUAUGAGGAAAGGAGUGAACCAGAGUCAGCUGAGAGAGCCAGCAGGCCCAGCUACAAGCCUGAGUCCAAAGGUUCGGUGGAAGUAUCCUAGGCUCUCUUUUACACAAUGGGAACAUGCUUUGGCAAGGUUGUCACGGUGUCCUUGAGCCAAAGCUAGCCAUCAGAUGAGCCUCAAGUCUCCAAGAAUGGGCAGCUAUACCCCUGCUAUAGGAAACAACCCACAGAGGAUGUGGCCUUGGCCCAACCGCUAACAUGGAUUUUAAAGCUCUGCGCAGGGCAUCUAGCCAGUUCCACUCCCUGGAGCAAGAGGUCUGUGAGUAGAACAUUCUCAUUGUAGCCACAGCUGGAUCCGGGUCAGCUCUCUACACACUGAGGCCUCUAAUGUAGAACUCUAAGAAGUCUGAGAAUUUUCAUUCAAACUUCACCUAAAUUUUUUUUCAAGGUCAGCCAACAAAACAUAUUUUAUCAAAUGUUUGUUAGUUUGCUUUAUACCUUUUAAGUAUUAUCUCCAUGGUAUGUGGGCCCCCAUGUAUAUUCUUGCCCCGGCCUCUCAUUAGUGGGGAGCUCUUUGGAUCUUUGCCCAGUUUCCCUGUCAGCCCUCUACUCCUAGGGACCUCUCAGUUAGCCUCUCUUUUUUACUUCUGAAUCACCGACUUUAGUUUAGAAUGCCUGGCUUAACAGGCUUCACAGUGCUGACAGAGAAACUGAGCCUCAGGGAGGAAGAAUGACUUGCUGGGAUAGUUCCAGAACCCCUGUUACCAUUCUAUGCUCUUCUUGCAUUCCCCUUCAGCCUCUGACUCUCACCCUGACCUACACAAUUCUGGUCCCUUCACUCACAUUUAAAGCUGGGCCAAGAAAAGUCCUAUUUUAUGGCACACUAAGUUGCCUGUGGAGUUUGCUUUUUUACUGCUUUAAACACUAUCUCUGGAGGCAGCCAUGACAGUGAGGAUGACAGACCGAGCUUCUGGAAGGGCAGACUCAGGCUGCCUGAGAGCCUCAGACAGUUGCUUUUUGACCUGGUCUGGAGGAUGAGGAUUCACUACCUUUCCCAACACCUUGCUUUCAGCCCAGUGAAGCUUAUCUUAGACUUCUGGCCUUCAGAACUGUGAGAGGAUAAAUGCCUAUUGCCACCCACUUUGUAGUAAUUUGUUAUAGCAGCCUCAAAAAAUGAACACACACCCUGAACUCCAUCUUAGUAUCUGCUUCCAGAGAACCCAACUUGCAGUGCCCCCCAACUCCAGGCUGUUGUGAUGAAUUUAAAAGCCAGACCCUACAUGAGGGAGUAUGUAGUGUCUGUACCCAGGGCUGAGGCUUGGAUGGUUCCAUUCUUCCACUGCAUCAUUUAAGACUCUGUCUGAGGUCCUACCUUUAUCAGAAGCUUUUCCUGACAGUACAAGCUCUUGCUAAGCCUUUCUGAAUCCCAUCUUUGUACUUCUGAUCCAAGGGGUAUUCCAGAGAAAUCUGUGUCCCACCUUCCCAACAAGCUGGGAGAUCCCUGAGGAUGGCAGUGAGGGGUGGAGGGCUCUGAGUUCCUAUAGCAACCUGCACAGGGUUGGCCACAGAACAGGUGCUGGGAAACUGUUCUUUCUAAGGACAAUGUCUAUGUUUUUCAGACAUUUUUGCUUGCUGUUUUUCAUACACCAUGUGCUAUAAACUGAAUGUUUGUGUCUCUCUGAAAUUUUUGUAUUGAAAUCCUAACCCUUAAGGUGAAGGUAUUAGGAGGUGAAGUCUUUGGGAGGUGAUUAUCCUGAGGGUAAGCCCUCAAGAAUGGGAUUCGUGAUCUUAUAAUAAAAACCCUAGAAAGCUCCCUGGCCCCUUCUUCCCUGUGAAGACACAUUGAGAAGGUACAGGCUAUGAACCAGGAAGUGGAUCUUCACAAGGCUCUGAAUCUGCCAGUGCAUUGAUCUUGGACUUUCAACCUCCAAAACUGUGAGAAAUAAAUGUGUGUUUCUUAUAAGCCA